AUGGUCAACAACGGUAACGAUGUCAACACAGCCAGCACUCCUAGGAGAUACACAAAAAGAUCGUCCGCAGAGUAUAUCAGAGCUAUGAGUUCGCCUGGUGGAAGCCAUGAACAUGAGGCAGCAUCUCCCGAGACACCAUCACCACCCCGUCAAGGCAGAAGGUCGUCUACGUCUUUGGGUUUUUUUACUUCACCUUUGCAUCCACGAGCGGAGGCCGCAAUUUCGAGAAGUGGGCAUCCAAGCUCAAGCGAUAACGGCUUGCUGAUGCCGCAAUCACCAAAUAUAAGGUCAAGGCUGUUGCCUCCGACCACUCCUAAGUCAAGAAACGCGGAAAUGUUCCUUUCUCCGUCGCCCAACUUGAAGUCGCCGGGAACGUACAGGGAUAACGGGAAGCCCAUCCGGGAGAUAUCCAACGGUCUCAAGGCGAGGUUGAACUAUGCUCUGGUGAAGUUGCAGAAUGGCUGGGUAGAAAAAACAUUACCUGAGCUGGAGAAUGAACUAAGCAAUACUGGUAAGAGGCAUAAGCAUGAAGAUGACGAUGAGGAGGAUUUGCUAACCGCGGAACGCCUAGAACUGGCAAGAGAAACCGUGCUGAAAGGCUCCUCAUACAAUAAUGAAUUUUUAAGGGACUCCGAGGAGUCAGUGGACGAGCAAGACAAUACGGUGACAGAGGAAGACGGAGACUCGAAUUCAGCUCACAUCGCCUUCUUGAAAGCACUAUCGAGUCCCAAGAAGAGAAUAAAGCAGGAAGGUGUGUCGCGCUCCCCGCUCCAAUGGUCAGAGCCGAAAAAGACAGUAACCACAGAGAAAGAGAAGGAUCAUCCCUCUGAGGUAGAAGCGAUUGAAACCCUCAUGUCACUCUCGUCUCCUCAGAGAUCACGUUCUGCUAACCAAGAAUUCUCGCUUCCUGUACCGCCUAAGGUACCGAAAAGCUCGAGCCCGACAACUUCGACGUCAUCAGAUUCCAGUUCCGCCAAUGAGUCACGUCAGAAGCGCCAGCUAGAGCUGUCCAGGCAGCCUAAGAGCGGAGUGGUGGUGCCAAUAAUGCAGAAACAGUCCUCGGAGUCUUCCUCAGAAUCACUAAAGGAGUCCUUUCAAGCCGAGGAGAAAGCGGAGCUACGGUACGACCGACAGCAACAAACAGAUGUGGAGACAGACGUGGAGCUAUCUGAUAAUGAUUAA